UGUUUAUAAGGCUACAUGCGAUAAGGUGUCGUGCCCCGUUUCCAUUGGUGAAAACUAAUCACACGCACACAUCUAGUUUCGUUUGGUUUCAUUUCAUUUGAAGCAGCAAUACAGUGUUGAAAGAAGAAAGAUGAGCACGGUGGUGAAUCCUCUGAAUCAGAGUCAUAACGUUUUUGUUUAUGGAACUCUCCUCGCCGAUGACGUUGUCCGUACCGUCAUUAACCGGGUACCUCAAUCGGCACCCGCUAUCCUCUCCGACUACCACCGAUUUAAGAUCAAAGAUCGCGUUUAUCCCGCCAUCCUACCCGUCCAGGCCAAGAAAGUCACCGGAAGAGUCCUUCUUGGCGUCUCAGGACCAGAACUCCAUCUUUUAGAUGAAUUCGAAGAUGUUGAAUACAAUAGAACUGAGGUUCAAGUUCUCUUUACCGAAAAUUCUGAAAAUUUUAGAGCUUAUGCUUAUGUUUGGGCCAAUCCAAAUGAUCCUGAUUUGUAUUCCGAGUGGGAUUUUGAGGAAUGGAAAAAAACUCAGAUGAAUGAUUUCGUCAAGAUGACAGAUGAAUUCAUGCAACAGUUGGAAGUGCCAGAAUCAAAGCCAAGGGUUCAGACUUAUGAAACCUUCUAUAAACAAGAAAAUGAUAAGCCACUUCACCCUGAAUGCUUACAGCUUGUAGAAAUUCUGCUUUAUGUUCACUUUGCAGUAUUGUAUGAUUUCAUCAAUGAUCAGACUAUUUUUCUUAAUAAUAAUAAUACAACCUGUCUUUUAGAGGGGAUUAUGUAGACAUCA